AGGUCCCGUACCAGCAGCUGCGCCGCCGGAAGUGUCGUAAAAGCAAGGCGGAAGCGCUGCGUCCUGACUGCCGGCGGCACCCUCCCUUUACGGCCGGGGGUGAGCGGAGCUCGGGAGACGGGCCGGGCUGGGGCUGAGUGAUGCGGGACCGGGCUGCGUGUGCAUAACGCGGCCGUGUCUCUCCUCUCAGGAUGGCUGACGCACCGUCGGGGCCUAGCGUGCUCUCCCACUACCCCGGGGCCGGCCUCGCCCUGCCGGGAGACGAGCAACAGGAGGACGGGGAGGAAGAGGAGGAAGGUCGGUAUGACACGCCGCCGCCAAGGAGCGAGGCGUCCGAGGGCCCGAAGGGCCACCGCCGCCACCACCACCGUCACCACCACCAGCAGCUCAACGGCCUGAUCGGGCCCGACCUGCGGCACCUCAAGGCCCUGAAGGGCAAGCUCCCCCCGCACGAUGGCCGGACUGCCGCCCCCAACGGGCUGGAGCGCGUGCCGAGCUCGGCCGAGGACGCCCUGCCCUCCCGCAUGGCCGGCUGCACGCUGCGGGGGGACGGCGACGACGGCACCAUACGAUACGUCCGCUAUGAGUCCGAGCUCCAGAUGCCCGAUAUCAUGAGACUGAUCACCAAGGAUCUGUCCGAGCCCUACUCCAUAUACACCUACAGAUACUUCAUCCACAACUGGCCGCAGCUCUGCUUCCUGGCCGUGGUAGGAGAAGAGUGUGUGGGUGCCAUUGUCUGCAAGCUGGAUAUGCACAAAAAGAUGUUCCGAAGAGGUUAUAUAGCCAUGUUAGCAGUGGAUUCCAAGUACAGAAGAAAGGGCAUUGGUACAAAUUUGGUGAAGAAAGCUAUUUAUGCCAUGGUUGAAGGGGAUUGUGAUGAGGUUGUCCUGGAAACAGAAAUCACAAACAAGUCUGCUUUGAAACUUUAUGAAAACCUUGGCUUUGUGCGAGAUAAACGCCUGUUCAGAUACUAUUUAAAUGGAGUUGAUGCACUGCGUCUUAAACUGUGGUUGCGUUAAGACAAGAUGGUCGCACCGAGGAACAAAUCCCCAUUCGAUGCUUGUUCAGGAUCUCACUUCCAUGCAGCUCUCCAAUCAGUAUCCCAUUGCGUGUCGCACUAUUUGUUGCACUAUGGCAUGGCGCGUAUGUCCUGAAUUCAAACGGAUUCUUUCCUUGACAUCAAGAAGACUUAUUUGGUACCGGAGAGAUGUGCCAGUUGCUAGCCAAGACCUAUUCAUUCAUUUGCAAAUCUACUGACUGUUUGUUAUAUUGAAAAAAAAAGAUGGGGGAAAAAAAAUAUGAACAUUUUAUCAGAAAAUGUGAGCGCUAUAAUCUUUGGUUCUCUGGGGAGGGGGGUGGGGUGGAAUUACAGCAGCCAAUGACAAUUGUGAAAUUCUGUACCUGUGCUAACAUUACUACAAAUCUUGCCAUAGUUUUCUGAGGAAGGCAUAAACUAAAUUUUUUAUUUUCUCUAUAUUGAAUUUUCCAUUCUUAAAUCUUGGUACCUCAGUGAAUAGUAAAUUUAAAGAAAGAAAAGUGUUUUUUUUUGUUUUGUUUUUUUUGUUUAUUUUUUAGGGUGGGCUGUAUUAAGAAAGGAACAGUAUUUGCGUUUGCCAGUGCCUGUACAAAUAAGUAUGUUUGUCUAGUAAAAUGCAUGCUUUCCUUUUAUACCCCUUUCCAUUGUAUCAUGAAAGGAAGUUCAUCUGUGUUUUUAUUUAAAAUUCUGAAAGUAAAUUAUUUCAAAUGGGCUUUAUAUAUAUAUAUAUAUAUAUAUAUAUAUAUAUAUAUAUAUAAUUUUUUUUGUAAUUGACACUUUUCUAGUUCUUAUUGCAUUUAAUGGUGUAAGCUAUCAAGGGAAUUUAAACGAAUCAUUCAGCUGCUAAAAAAAAAAAAAAAAAAAAAAAAGUAAACAAUACUAUUGAAUCUAUGCUGGUUCUGGAUGCACUUUUCUUUAGGAGCUUGGGAUUUUAAAUAAAUUAUUGUAAAUUGGUAUGGUUUUAUUUAAAAUGGAUGUAGCUCUAAAGAACCGCUCUAGUAUAUAUAUAUCCUUAUUUUUUAAUAAAUUUCUUUUCUUGAUUUGACUUGCGCUUUCAGCUACAUGUUCUAAAUUUUAUUUAACUCCUCCAUAGUACUUGACCUAGGAAAUAAAUAAAAAUAUAAUAUAAUGCAGCUAAAUGUAUUUAAUUUUACCAUAGAGGGGGGAUAACUUUACAGAUACAGGGUUUAUAGUAGGUUUGCAUGAACAAAUAUUUACAUAAUUGUCACAUUUUUACAUUUGUCCAUUUUUUUUUUCCCUAAUUUUUUUUUUUUCGUAGUAAGAGUAUUUUGAUUUUUCCAUAUCGAUUCUUCAUCGUAAGAAAGAAAAGUAUUUGUAGAAUCCCUGCUGUUAAUCUCUAGAUUUAUAUUGGCCUUACUGCUGUAUUACAGGUUUUUUGUUUUAUGUGGUUAGCGUUAAAACCACUUCCCGAUAACCGUUUUUCAUUUUAUUUGUGGUAUUUAAAUGUCUAAGACAAAACUGUUCCAUACAAUUAUUAUUUCAGCUGUAAUACUAGCGAGCAAUGAUCAGGUCUGCUUACGUGGAGCUUAUUUUGGUCUACAAUAAUUACUCAUCUAUUUCAUUGGUUAGUCAACACAAAGGGGCAGAUUCAAUUAGCUGCUGGACUUACUGAUCGGCUGCAGCUCUGCCUGGAACUAUUCAGUUACUGUCACUACCCUGCGUGGUAAGCCUCAGAGGGUCAACUUAAUGCAGAUUUAUUUUUUUUACGUAGCCUCAGGAGCUGCAAGAAAAUAAAUCGGCAUUAAGUGCACCAUCUGGUGCUUACCGUGUGGGGUAACUCUAAAGCUUCGGGCAUUUAACUCGGGAGCUAUGGGUUAACACACGUAAAAAAAAUGUAACGUUUUUGGAUAGCUCCCAUGUUAAACCUGGAGCUGCAGCUAUGCUGUAAGUCCUGCAUGCAGGUAAUUGAAUCUCCCCCAUAAAAUGCAUUUUUUUUCAGUCUUGUAUUCUGCACAUUUGUCUCUAAUUUUCUGCAGUGUUUAUAAUCCAUAUUAAAUAAGAGAGGUCUCCAGGGUAUGUUUGACAUCAAAAGGGUGUGUGUUUUUUUUUUUUUUUUUUUCUUCUGCUUUUUGUCCUGAUUUCGUUGACCUGUCUCCAAACUAAGUUUGUAUUAUACGUUAGUGUUCUGAUUAAAUCCUGAAAACCAGUUAAUUUCACACCUUGCUGAAAGAGUACAGUCACUAUUCAGUACACAUCUGCAUACUUGGUAAUACUGUAAUGUCAUUACAUUUUAAGACUUGUGGUGACUCGCUGCACUUGAAAUGCGUUAGGAAACUGGUCUGCAAAAUAUCAUUUGUUUAUCUCAAUGUUGGACUGAUAACUCGAUUACACGAUGUUGUGUUCUUUUCAUCUGCCUUAAUCCUUUUCAGUGCUGAAUGACCACAAAGCGUCAUGGAGCUCCUUUCAAGCACUGAUGAUUGGUUGAUGACUUUAGUGCUAUCGGAGGCUGCAGAACGCCGCGUCGCAAUGUUUUACAUGCCAUAUUUAGCACUGAAGCUUUAGAUGAAACUUUAAUUGGGGUUGUUAAAUGUGUGAGCUGUAAAAUAAAAAUGGUUCUGUUUAUGUAUUGUGCUCUACAUAA